AUACUGUGAUGAUAUUACAUGGGUGAAGCAAACCGUAAAUAGAAGAAUGGCUAAAGGACAUGGUUUCUAUUUACAACAUGCAAAAGAAACUUGCUUAAUGGGAAGAAAAGGAAAGGAUCCACCAGGAUGUAAACAUUCAAUUUCUUCCGACGUAAUAUUUUCUGAAAGACGUGGGCAAAGUCAAAAGCCAGAAGAACUAUAUGAAAUGAUCGAAGAAUUAGUUCCAAAUGGAAACUACUUGGAAAUAUUUGGUAGGAAAAAUAACUUACGCGAUUAUUGGGUAACUAUUGGCAAUGAAUUAUGA